AUGCUCUACAAGCCUUUCGACGGGGAGGUGGUCCACGUGGAUUUUCGUGAGGAGGCUCCAACCUUGUACCACCCCAAGACGUUCUGCAAGAAUGCCACCUGCAUCAAGGAUCCAGACUGUGACUGCAAUGGAACCUGGCCAAGCACGGAACGCUGCACCGGUGGACAUGCGACUGGUACCCCUGGCUUCCCAGCGCUGUUGAUGCUUGCCAUCCGCGACCAGCUAGCUUCGCUGCCUCUCUCAGACCUUGCGCAGCCUGCGAUAGAGAUAGCAAGAGAUGGUUGGGUUAUGGACGAAGGCCUCUACAAGAGCAUCCAGCAGUACGCACCGCAAUUAGCAAGAGACACGGCGUCCCGACAGCUGUUUCUGGAUGCCAGCGGUACCAGGCCUAUAGCUCAGGUCGGCGAGGUCCUGCGGAACCCCGAUCUCGCUAACACGCUGGAGUUACUGGUGGCUGAUCCUGCUGCCUUCUACACAGGGACCUUGGGUGCAGAGUUUGUGGAGGCAGCCAGAGCGGGCGUGAACGAAGUGACAGGGAAGUAUGGCUUGCUGUCCAUGGAGGAUCUGUAUGGCUACAGGGCGGUGUAUCGUGAGCCAGUGCA